GUCGUCGUUAUCAUCUAUCUGUACCUGUGGACGUGCCGCAUGGCCAACCCUAUAAACGUAAGGUCUGACAAUCCUAGCGUACGGGCCCUAAGCUCCAUAGCAGCUUCACAGAUCCCCUUACAAUUUCAGCUAAAGGCACAACAGCGGGUCGCUUCGCGAGUGAUUCCCCCGCUUGAUCAGCACGCCGGACAGCACGGCACGUUCUGCCAGCGGGCGGGUACAGACCUUCUUCUAACUUGCCUUGUGUCAGAUGCCUGCAGCAGGAGCAAUAAGGCAUGAUGACAGCGGCGGUGUCUACGGCAAUCUAUUGGGUGCUUUUAUCCGCUGCCUUAGACGCUGCAGCAAGUCAUCACAUGGUCUGCGAAGCGCCUUGAUGGCGAGGCGAGUGGUCAAUGGCCUUUGGCGCUUGGACACGCCCACUU